UUUAACGAACAGUGCAUUUGUUGCGCACACGGACUUUGGCAGCCAUUCAAUGACCCACCAGGCGCUCAUCCCUUCCACCCCUCCCUCUGCCUUUUCCCCUGCUUCCCACUUCCUCCACGCCUCCUCCUCCUCCUCGCCUUCGCUUUCCUCCCACGCCGUCGUCGCCACCGCCGCCGCCGCCAUGUCGUCGUUCGCGCACCACCACCAUGGCUCGCUGGUGGAGAAGGACGGGAGGAUGUCCGCGCUGAGGAGUAGCCUUAGGCCGUACGAGGCGGCCGAGGAGAUGGCCGCGGCGGCGGCCGCCGGCGGGCCGGCGGCGGCGUGGGGGGCGGUGGAGAGGGGGGCAGGGAUGAUGGGGGACGGGUUCUCGGUGGAGGACUUGCUGGACCUUGAGGAGCUCUGUGAGGUGGACAGGGACGGCGGCGAGCAAGGCGAGGCGGCGGCGGCGGCGGCGGCCGCCGUGGAGAAGGAGAGGUCUAGUGACUCCCAUGGCUCAUCGGUGGUGUCGUAUGAGCCCAUGCCGCUGCUGCCGCCGGUGAUGGACCUGCCGGCGCAUGACGUGGAGGAGCUUGAGUGGGUGUCCCGUAUCAUGGACGACUCGCUCGCCGAGCUCCCGCUGCCGCAGCUCCCCGCGGCGGCGGCGGCGUUGGCGGCGUGCGGCAAGCCGCAGCACCGGCGGCCGCACGAAGGCGCGGCGUCGGCGUUGUUGGACCCUAUGCGCACCCCGACCAUUUGCGCGCUGUCGACGGAGGCGCUGGUGCCGGUGAAGUCGCGGCGGAGCAAGCGGUCGCGUGCCUCCGUGUGGUCGCUCUCCGGCGCGCCCCUGUCCGACUCGACGUCGUCGUCGUCCACCGCGACAACCUCGUCCUGCUCGUCGUCGGCCUCCUUCUCGCCGUUCCUCCAGUACGUGGACUUCCCCGCGCUAGUCGCCUCCGACCUGCUCGACGAGCAGCCGCGCUCCAAGAAGUCCAAGCACGGCAAGAACGGCAAGCAGAAGCCCAAGAAGCGCGGGCGCAAGCCGAAGCACCAGCAGCCGCCGCACCUCGCCGCCGCCGCCGGCGGCGGCGCCGCCCUCCCCGCCACGGGCGACCGCCGCUGCAGCCACUGCGGCGUCCAGAAGACGCCCCAGUGGCGCGCCGGCCCCGAGGGCGCCAAGACGCUCUGCAACGCCUGCGGCGUCCGCUACAAGUCGGGCCGCCUCCUCCCGGAGUACCGGCCGGCCUGCAGCCCGACGUUCGUCAGCAGCCUGCACUCCAACUCCCACCGCAAGGUGCUCGAGAUGCGCCGCAAGAAGGAGACCCCCGUCAUCGUGGCGGCCGCCGCGCCGGCCGUCGCCUCUUUCUAGCCUAGCCUAGCUAGCACCGCCGCGGUGGCUGUACAUUUUCCUUUUUCCUGGCCGUAUCAUUAGUCUGCUGUACCGUACCUGAACUUUUUCCUCCCUUCUCUCUAUUUUAGUCCCGUCGUACGGCUAGAAUUCAGUAGUAGGAAAAUUAGAGGUCUCAUUUAGAGAUUGUGUUAGGUUUAGUGAUCAACAUUUGCAUGUUUUAGCAUUAGAUUGUUAUAGUGUACUCUAGUAGAAAGCACUCGAGCUCUUCACAAGAAAAGCUAUUCAAAGCUGCGUCUGGCAAGAAUGGCUGGGAGGCAGAGGGGUACCGAUGUCUUCGGUGUGAAACAAGAAAUUGGCUGUCUUGUUUUAACCGAGGGGUCAGAAAGAAUUAGAGUAUCUGGUGAAAGAGGAAUGGGGUGUGGCUUGCCUGCAUCAUCGCCAUCAGCUUUGUGGUGCCAAACCUAUCUGUCCAUUACUCCCAGCACAUCGAGAACAUUGGUUCUAUCUAUGUCGAGGUGGUCUCCUAAAGCCAUCUCAGCCACUUCAUCAGUAGUCAACAGUUCAACACCAGUGAGACUGAGACUACUCGCAUUCCACAUUUCCGCUAUUAAAGUUCAUGUGCAUAAUUGAUUAGACCCCAUAGGCAGUUUAUCAUUUAUCUCUUGGUCUAUAGUCAUAUAAAUUAGAUACUCUUAAUUAUCAUGCUCUG